AGCCCGUCACCCUCACACAAAGACAUGACACAGCAGGAGCCCCUUCACUGUGGACCUGAGGAGGGGGGAGAAACCCGGAAACGAACGUUAAUCUGGGGAUUAAGAGAUUUGGGCUCUGACAUCUGGGCCAGUCACCGGAUCUGAGCAGAAGCCUCUUCCGCAGGUGGAAGUGAACACCUUUGUGUUUCUCCUGCUGAUAUACACUGCUGUGUCUGACUGGGGGAGAGAGCAGGGGGAGAAAGAAAUGGUGGAGAGAGUGAAGAGAUGGAGAGAUAGAAGUGGAGAGGGGAAACAUCAGGAGUGGAAAUACGAGCAGAGAGGAACAGUCAGCUGGGAUGUGACAGGCUGCUGACUGCUGUCACUGCGCAUGAGGCCGUUAGAGAAGAGGCCAGAGAGAGAGAGGGGGAGAGAGAAACAUUCCCAUGAGCCUCUUCUGUCAGGCAAGCAUUUUAAGCCAAGAGUGGUGGUUGGCGGGAAGGUGAAGAAGCCGGGGAAGCGGGGGCGGAAGCCCGCCAAGAUCGACCUGAAGGCCAAGCUGGAGCGCAGCCGGCAGAGCGCGCGGGAGUGCCGCGCCCGCAAGAAGCUGCGCUACCAGUACCUGGAGGAGCUGGUGUCCAGCAAGGAGAGGGCCAUCUGCGCCCUGCGCGAGGAGCUGGAGAUGUACAAGCAGUGGUGCUCUGCGAUGGACCAGGGAAAGAUCCCUUCAGAAAUCAAGGCUCUUCUCACCGGGGACGAUCACAAAACCAGCCAGAGCACCAGCAAGACCACGAAAAGCCCCAAGGGCCUGGCCAGCACCAACGGCAACAACAAGUCCGUCUGAGAGAGUCGGCUCUCUCUCGCUCUCCAGUCAGCUCUGAGGUCUCUUCUAGACAGGGUGUGAGAACAUUCUAGAGCAGCGUUCUAGGGUUGUGUGUUCACAAAUUGUUGGUUGUGGUCUCGUUUAACCUUGCAGGGUCCGCCAAAGGCAGGGCUGGCGUUCUGUAGGGACUUUCAGACUGCUGACAAGCCAACUGAAACGGCCAUCAUGACGGAACUUGUGAAGUGUCAUGGAAAAAUGUAAAAACCCCCCCCCAAACGCCCCCCACCCCGCCCGCCUGCCAAUUAUUGCACAUAUUUAUAUGAACAUAAUCUUAAAAAGCUUCCUUAUGAAAGUAAAAGGUAAUUAUUUGUGGCAGUAAGGCUACCAAAGUAGCGGUUGCACAUAUUUCUAUUUUAGGUAACAGAUGUUAUAUUUGUUUAAUAUAUAUAUAUAUAUAUAUAUAGUGUAUCAUGUUGACGAUUUGUUCUACAGUUACAUUCCAUUGAAUCGUCCGUUGAGUUGUUUAAUCAGACUUAUACACGGCCUAUUGUAAACGCUGCUUGCUUUUGAUUUCGUUUCUCAAAUCUGGUAUUAGUCAGUACAUUUACCCAGCCCAUCGUGAAUAAGCAGGAACUGAGCGUGCUCACUUUUGACUUCAUCUACUAGAGAAAUCUGUGCCAGAACUUCAGUGUCAUUUUCCAUUUCCAAUUUUAAAGCGGCAAGACCAAUGCAAUGUCUGCAGGCGAAGGAAGUGAUCGAACAGGAUGUCAACAGUAAAAUGUAAACUAUCACAGUGAUAGUCUCAUAUUAAAAGUGGAAUUAUUGCUAAACAUACAAAAAUAGGUGAAUGCAUUCAAUCCAUGCUGUUAUUGGCUGUGUUCUGUGUUUGGUUAUCCAAUUACCUGUGAUGUUUUAUUUUGAGAUAAUGUUAUAGGACUGAUGUGUUAUUAUAUUGCCAUACUGCAAAUAACCACCGAGAGAACAACUGCAUUAAACUGAGUGAAUAAGAAUGGAAAUUUGAUUGUUUCUGUAGCUGUAAAAUAAUUCCUGUUUCAUUCUUUUAAAAUGUUCGUAACAUUAAGGGCCAGUUGUAAUAAGAUCUGUAAUACAAAAUAAGAAAAACA